AUGGCGUCAGCUGAUAGUCCCCGCGACGGGCUUCGUAGCACCAUCAUCAUCAGUUCAGAUGCGGAGAUGGAUGAACACCAGCCCCCGGCACGAAAGCUGCGAAGAAAGAGACCCCGCACAGACUACAGCUAUCCGGUGUAUGAGGCUCUAUUUGAUGACCCAGCGCCCUCCGAAAUGAGGCAGCCACCGAAAAAACGUAAAAUUCCCAACUUACCCAACUUGGGCACGGUUUUGGAAACCGCGAACCAGGGAAUUCAUAACAUUUUCGAGGCGGAGCAUGCGAAGGGAAAAGCGCUGGAAGAAGAAGUGCAGCACCUGCGUGCAGAAAUCACUAGGAAGAAUGGGCUGGUCGACAGACUCGAGACUGAAGUCCGUGAACUGAAGCAUCAAUGUCAAUGUCAGAUCUGUUAUACCAUCCCAUCAGGGUGGAGGACCCUUCUGUGUGGACACCGGUAUUGCCCAGAAUGCCUUCCCCCCCAUUGGCGCAACCUGCGGAAUGUGUCGUCAGGUUAUCACUGGUGUUAUCAAGAGCUACUAGGUAGAGAUUUUUAUGGCCAACCUCGCGUCUAA